UCCAACAGGUGUCUUUAAAGAAAUUCCCUCUCUCAGAGCAAACUUCCGAUGAACCGUGCAAUAACUUUUUUUGGGGCUUGAAAUUAGACGAAAACUCUUUUAACUGGACUAAAAACCUUUGUGCGCUCUUGGAGAUUUACGCGCGGGGGAAACACCAUCUGUUAACUGAUAUCGUUUGCUCUAGAUGGAUCCCAAAUGAACGAAUAGGCAUAUUUAAGAUGUUGAUUCGUAACACAAAGUGACCCAUGUCGCUUUGAUGCUUUGGAUUUUCUUGCCCAAUUCUUCGUAUGGGAGUCUCCUCUUCUCCUACUUCUCCUUUGGGAUUGACAUAUGACGGAUUUUAUUGGGAAUACAGCCGGUGUUUGACUGGGACACUGUUUUUGUAUUUUAAUAAUGAUCAUCACCUUGAGAUAUCCAAAUUUAUAAAGUGGGCUCAGGUGAAAAGUCCCACACUGAACUGGAUGACGAUGAAGACAGUUUCUCAUAUUCUUGCUGUUGUGAUCAUUUGGAAUUUAGCAGCCUGUGUUAGAGGAGAACUAAUUCUAGACCCCCCUCACACCCCCUGGCCUCUGUACUCUAUGGCAGAGGACGACACACGCUUACCCUGUCGAUUCAAUUUAUCGGACAGUAAGGUUCAGGUGGUGCAGGUGACGUGGAGUCGAGAGAACUCCAAUGGAGAUGAAGAACAGAUUAUCACUGCUCAUUUCAGUGAAGGCCAGACAAAGAACUCGGCAUAUGCAGGACGUGUGCGGUUUGAGACCAACAACCCAGUAGCAGACUCUGCUCUGAUAAUUAUGGGCACAAGUUCCUCAGAUGAGGGCAAGUACAAAUGCAAAGUCGUUACCUUCCCCACAGGAAACUUUGAGGCUGAGAUUUCUCUGACAAUUUGGACUAAACCCAUCACAUCCCUCGAGCCAGUCAUUCUGGUUGAGGGUCAGUCAUUCCGCGUGGCUGCUACGUGCCGUUCGGUGGCAAAGCCAAUGGCAGGCCUAUCCUGGGACACAGACUUGCCGGGUCAGAGCCAAAAUAGAAGCUUGAAUGAUGGGGUGGCCUCUAUACAGUUUUCCCUCCACCCUCUCCGUAGCAUGAAUGGUCAGAAGCUGGACUGCCUGGUCUGGCACCCGUCUCAAAAAGGCCCCAGGAAGAUCAGCAAUAACCUUAUAGUACACUACCCUCCAAAUGCAUUGAUCUCUGACUAUGAUGACAACUGGUAUGUUGAAAUGCAAGGCGCCACGCUCCAAUGUACUGGUCAAGGAAAUCCAAAACCUCACCAAUUCAACUGGACUAGGAAAGGCGAAGGCCUACCAGAGGGUGUGACAGUGGAUGGUGGCGUUCUGCGGUUUGGUAGACCCCUCCGUUUGACAGAUCAAGGAGAUUAUGUUUGCACAACCACCAAUCAGGUGGGAUCUGGGAAAGCUGAGAUUGCAAUAAGUGUAUUAGAGUCAUCAAAGCAGCACACAUCAGUUAACCACAUGCUGAUGAUUAUUAUUGGUGUAGUGGCUACAGUGGUUGUUCUCACUCUUGUCAUAGUGAUUUGUUCCGUAAAUCGCCACUAUAAACGCAAAAACCAACAAUUGGCCAUAGAGCUGGAUGAAAAAAAGGAACAAAUCAGCACACUAUCAAGACAAGCCUCGAUUAGGAGAGUGACCUCAGGCAGUUCAGACAACAGAUACUCGGACGAUCAACCCUUAAGGGUUGAGGGGACGUUGCGCACCAGUCUUUCCUCACUGGAUCGUCCUCGCUCCAGGGAUAGUCGUUCCACUCUGGGAGGGGUGGAUUCCCUUGGCCGUCCUGCAAUUUAUAACUCUUCCAGAAGAGGUAGAGAAAAAGUGAUGGAGAGAGACAGAACUGACAGAGAAAGCACUCGAUUGAUGAUGGAGUCUGAUGAACGGGACAGUAAUAUGUCACAGGAAACCCAACUCCUUCCUCCUCUCCACCCCUCUUCCUAUACAAUGGAACAGACCACUGAAAUUGUCAGAUCUCGGAAUGGCAGUGCCAUUUUCCUUGGAGAGGGGAGACCACAAUCAGGAGGCAGUAGCAGAGGAGGCAGCCGAGGGCAUCAUUCACCUUUAGUGUCUACAUACCUGACUCCUUCCAAUGAAGAGGAACAUUUUGUUAGCCCUACUGAUGAAGAUUUCGUUGUUCACAGUGGCUUAAUGGAGCCUGGCAGUUUUGAAAACGGCGGCAGCAAGACAACGAGUUAUCAGACAUCACCAUCCAUUCAGUUUGAGCGUUGUAAUGGCACGCUACGACCCAUAUCAAAACCCAAUAAUAUCCUGCUCCCUGCCAACACCGCUACCUUGCUCCUCCCUUCCCAUAGCCCAGUUAUCCACAGAGCUCAGAUUGUUUAGACUCUGAUCUGCAUCGAUUUGUAUUUUUGGCCCAAUGUUUGAAGAAUCUUGAAUUUAUUCUGUAACUUCACUUUCCAGCGGGGGCAUAUCUGGGCCCUAGAUAAAGAUUUUCAUACUUAUUGUUUCCAAAAUGCUAUUCCAAAAGUGGAUGGAUAUACCAUAUUUUUUGCAUAGAAAAUUAUUGAAGAAAAAAUUGGUAUUUAAAAAGAAAGUUACUUUUCACUUAGCAGGUGCUUUUUAUUCUAAGUGAUCACAUACAAUGUCAAGGCCAAUUGAACUUUUAUUCAAAUACAUUGUCAUGGUGGUAAAAAUGUGGGGCCAAAAUUGACUGUGAGUCCAUCAUCAAACUCAGGGUUUCUCAAACGUUUCUGAACCAAGGACCCCUUUCAUGACCCUAAAGUGUUUGUUCAAUACGCAGUCUUUGAUUUAUUAUUAUUAUUAUUUUAUUUUUUGCUUUUUUUGCUUUGAAUCGAACAUUGUGAUUCUGAGAGCUGGUUGGUUUAGUUCCAGGUUUAGAACUCUUUAUUAAAGAAUAUUUUAAAAUGCCUAUGGAGAAAAUGAAUGGGAAAAAUACAUCCUUAUCACAUUGCCAGUUUUUGACAUUUUUGUACAUGUGUAUACACAAAGAAUUUUCCACGGACCCACUGUCUAUCUGCAAUGGACCCCAAGGGUUUGAAAAACGUUGACCUAACUGAACUCAGACCAAAAGAACAGCACCAGCAUUAUUUACAUAUGCCUUAGUCGCAUAAUCCACAACGUAUUCUAGGCCUCUGGAAUAUUAAGGGGCACACCAUAUGUUUCAGGUAUGGAUUAACUGGAGAGCACCAGAGCUGAGCUCCUUUGCCUAACCAGGGAAAAGGAAUUAAGAUUUUAUAUGUGCAAAUAGCUUUGGGAGAAAAACACUACAUGCCCUGUUUUCUAAAGAGUUUGGGCAGUUAAUCCUUCACUGUGACUUUUGGAGCUUGAUGUUUGUAAUCCAGAGAUGUACAGUUGGUAUUCUGGAAUAUUUUUGAAUAUGUAUGUAUUGUUUAUUUUGCUACUGGAAGUUACCCUUUAAAGACUUGUAAUUUGCAAAGCCACUGCAUGAAUAGUAUUAUGAAGUAUUGCAGAUUGCCUGCAAUAAUUCUUUUUGUGAAUGGCUGUUGAGUAUUCACAGAAUGUCAGUGACAUUAUCAUUGUUUACAACAUUUAUACUUCAUUAUGUAAUAAGUGCUUUAAACAUAUUUAGUUUGACAAUACCACAAGUUAGGCUACCACAAGUUCAGUUCCUGCUGUGACCUCUUUUUAUCUCACAAAAUACAGUGCCUUGGUCCUGAUGAUCAUCUUGUUGUAUUCAGUUAAUUUGAGCAUAUAAGCAAUUCAGCAUUGUCAUUUGUUACAACAGAGUGUGGAUGUGGCUUUAACAGCUGGUUAUUAAAUCUACCAUACAUAUAGUAUGUAUCCAUGUAAAACUAAUUUCUGUAAAUACUGGAAUUAGAACUACAUGGUUUGGCAUUUUUUGGCAGUUGAACAGAGGUAUCUGGGGUGUGGUGACUCCCAAAGAUUUACCAUGGUAUCUACAUCAUUUCUAUCACACUACCAUUUUUAGUACAGUUAUUGAUAGGCUUCUACAUUAAACUGGUUGUAACUGUGGUAAAUAAAGAAAAAUAAUAAUAACAAAA